CAGAUUCAUUACAAAUCCUCACUUCCUUUAGUUCACACCAGUCACCAGACCUACCCACUUUAGAAAGUUGGACAAUGCUGCCUGCUACUUUUAAACUGUGUGCUGGCAUUUCCUACAGGCACACGAGGAACAUGACAGGCCUAAGGAGGAACGCUAUGAUGGCCAUCACCCACGAGCUGAGCAAACUCUCUGGACCCGGCCCAAGCACAUGGGUCAAACACAUCCGCCGCAGUAACUCACUGCUCUGCAGCAGGAUUGAAGAGGAAACGCUAAGUGAAUCUGAGCAGGGCUACGUUCAGCAGGGUCAGCUGGCACUACAAAAAUCCAUCAAUAUCCUCAGCGACCAGGAUGGCUGGCAAACAGAGAUAGAGACAUCCACAGGCGACAAAGUGCUGAGCAAGGUUCUGCCAGACAUUGGGAAGGUGUUCAAGCUGGAGGUGGUCCUGGACCAGCAGCCUGAUGAUCUGUAUGAAGAGCUGGUCGACAACAUUGAAAAGAUGGGGGAGUGGAACCCUAAUGUCAAACAAGUAAAGAUUCUGCAGAAGGUUGGUCAGGACACUAUGGUCACUCAUGAGAUGGCUUCAGAGACUCCGGGGAAUGUGGUGGGUCCGCGGGAUUUUGUAAGUGUGCGCUGUGCUAAACGUAGAGGCUCCACUUGCUUCCUGGCUGGGAUGGCCACCCAGCACCCCAGCAUGCCCGAACAGAAAGGAUUUGUGAGGGCAGAGAACGGGCCUACCUGUAUUGUGCUGAAACCAAGUACAGAUGACCCAAACAAGACACAGUUCACCUGGUUACUCAACUUAGACCUGAAGGGUUGGAUCCCAAAGACAGUCAUCAACAGAGUGCUAUCUCAGACGCAGGUGGAUUUCGCGAAUCAUCUCAGACACAGAAUGGCCUCCAGUGGUGGCAUGGAGACAGCAAUGGCCUGCUGACCCCAAGCACAAAACAGUUAAGAGAGGGUUCCUGUCAGGGCACAGUCUCCGCCCAUUUACUACUGUUACUUCCUCUUUGAAUGGGCUGAAACCAGACACACAAUAGUUAUCUAAAUUCACAGCCUUUGUGCAACUCCUCACAGCUACUAAGCUACUACUAGAGCUGCACAAUAUACUGUAGAUUAUCUGAGAAUGUGAUUACAAACUGUUCAAUUUAUUUGUUAUUAAGAUUAUUUGGGUUCCAAAACAUUAAUUAAAAAAAUUAUAAUUGCAAUAUCACACAAUAAUUGAUAAAUACUUCAUAUUGCGUAUUUAAAAUAUUUAUUUAAAAAUAUAUUUUUAUUCUUAUAUGCAAGAUACGCACAAAAAUACCAUUUUAAAGUAUAAUUCUAAUUCUAAUUUGAACACAAUUAUAAAUUAAUUUAAAAAUACAAUUUUUUGUAUUUUAGAAUACUAUAAGAAAUUUUGAUAUUAUAUCUAUGAUACAGUUUUUUUGUGCUGAUGAAUCCGCACUUCAAUUAUUUACUGAUGUAAUGUAAUGUAUAGUAUAAAGAUUUUUUUUUUUUUUUUUGCGAUUAUACAGCUUUAAGAGACCACUUAAAAUUAUUCGUUUCUUUGAUUUUACCAAAUUGAAAACCUCUGUAAUAUGAUCAAGAGGAAGAUGGAUGAUCACAAGUCAUCAAAACAAAUGAGCUGCCAAGAGUGGCACAAAGUUAUCCAAAGACUGGUGUAAGACUGGUGAACGAAAUGUCAAGAUGCAUGAAAACUGUGAUUAAAAACGCUGUUAUUCCACCAAAUAUUGAUUUAUUUACUCCUAAAAACUAUGAAUAUGAACUUGUUUUCUUUGCAUUAUUUGAGGUUUAAAAGCACUGCAUAUUUUUUGUUAAUUUGACCACUUCUCAUUUUCUGCAAAAUAAUGCUGUGCUAAUUUGGGAGAAAUGUUGUCUCAUUUUACUCAAACAUAUACCUAUAAAUACCAAAAUCAGAUAAACUGAUUCAGAAACUGAAGCGGUCUCUUAAUUCCAGAGCUGUAUAUGAUCAGUAUUCCUUAUUAGAAUAUAACUGUGAUCAAAAUACCACAUUGUGAUUGUACUGCUGCUGUUAGAUUUAAUAUUUUUGAGAUGUUAUUUAUACUCUAGCCAUUUGAGAAUGCCACAAACUCACCUCACAGUUUCUCACCAGUAACCAAUGAGCUCUCUGUCUAACAGAGGUUCUGUAACUGUCCAUUUAUUCUUCACUGUACAUCAGAAACUCCAGAAGAUUAAACUGUUCACAAUAAAAUAUAUUUUCUUCAAACCAA